AGGGAUCAGAUAAACCAAAUUCAAGAUUUGGAACAUCAAUUGCUAAUUGUGGAGAUCUUAAUAAAGAUGGCUUUUUAGAUAUUGCAAUUGGUGCUCCAUAUGAAGAUGAAAAAGGAGCAGUCUAUAUUUAUUUUGGUUCAGCAAAUGGUGUGAAACCAGAUUUUGUACAAAGAAUAGCAGCUAAGGAUUUUGGAGUUGAAUUAUCAGGAUUUGGAAUAGCAAUAUCAAAAGGAAAAGACAUUGAUUCCAAUACUUAUCCAGAUAUUUUGAUUGGAGCAUAUGAUACAGCUAAUGCAUUACUUUUAAGAUCUCAUCCUGUUAUAUCUGUGUAUGCAAGAAUGGAAUUUGACAUCCAGCAUAUUUUAAUAAAUUCUACUGCAACUAAAUGUAAAACUAAUCAAAAAGAAGUAUCUUGUUUUCAACUUAAAUAUUGCCUUAUGUAUGAAGGAAACCAUGCUCCUGAAUUAGUUACAAUGAAAAUAGAAUUGGAAGUUGAUAAAUAUAAAACCUAUGUUCCAAGAGCCUAUUUUAUGGAAGACAAAAAUGUUCAAAAAAUAGAAUCUGAGAUAACACUUCUGGAAAAUACAGAAAAUUGCAAAAUGCAAAUGGUAUAUCUUAUGGAUGAUAUUCAAGAUUUAAUUACUCCAAUAAAAUUUCAACUGACAUAUAAUUUAAAGGAACCAGAGGUUCCACAGUUUUGCAAAAGCUGUCCCGUCAUUGAUGCAACUGCAACUAAUACUAUUACUAAAGAGGUUAUGUUCUGGAAUGGUUGUGGGGAUGAUAAUGAAUGUUUGAGUGAUUUAAAGCUUUCUGUAAAAUAUUUGAGUAAAGUUGAACGAUUUGUAAUUGGAGAAAAUAAUAUUUUGGAGAUGGAAGUAAAGGCAGAAAACUUGGGUGAACCAGCAUAUAAUUCUACGAUAUUUAUAAAAUUACCUGAAGAUGUUAUGAUGAUCAAUCAAGCAGAAUGUACAAGUACUUCAGAAGAUCAGAAUGCAGAAAAUUAUACUUUAUUAUGCAAUGUUGGGAAUCCUCUCACUUCUGAUAGUCCAAAUAUCUUUCAAUUGAAAAUGGAUACUUCUAGACUUUCAAAACCAGUUGAUAAAUUGGUUUUUGAAUUUUGGAUAGAAACUGCAAGUAAAGAAAUUAAUCCUUCUGAUAACUUCUAUACUGUUACAAUACCAGUGAUAUUUGCAGCUGAUAUUCAAAUUAGAGGGUAAGAUUUUAUUUCCUAAGAAUUGAACUCAAUUAAAAUUAUUUGCAGUACAACCUCUAUAUAACAUUUUCUCAGAGACCAGUAGAUUUCAGUUUAAAAUAGAAACAAACUUAAAAUAGAUAUUUUGGGAAAAGCAUGAUUAAAAAACUCAAUUGUGAUGAAUGAAAUUAAUAUUUACACCAGAAUUUGCCACCUUUCCAAAAUUGCUGAAUCGGACAUUUU